AUGGCCUCUUUAUGGACCAUCGAAGCCAUCAUCGCAUUUAUCACCCUUCUUGUAACUUGCAUCCCCAUCGGAUGUAUGAUACGCCGGAUGAUACGAGGAAAGCGUGUAAGGACUGGCAAUGAGCUCGACUUGGAAGGACGCGGCGAAAUCGCUCUCGAGAGGCGCAAUACGCUAUGA